UUGUCGGCGAAUCCGCACGCUGAGCGGGUGUGUCCGCGUUGCUAACGUCAAAAACAAAUAUAGAUGUCCAAUUAAACGAUUCCGUUAUAAAAAAGUGACAUGUGGUUAGUAGUGACGUAAACAAACACAAUAGCAUCACGUUUCGGAGAUCGGUAGUGUUUAAAUCGUAUUUAGAGAGCCAUUACACUCGAAUUCGUGUGGCAAAACUUAGAAUAGGUACGUUUCACCUCGUAAACGUGGUUCGUUUUGAUGUUAUUCCAGGUGAUACGUCCCGCUAGAAUCAAUGGGAUCCGCUAGGAUUAUAAGGAUUUGGAUAGUGUUGUGUACUUAGUAAUUUUUGUAGAAUGGGAUUUUAAUUCAAGAUGGACCGCGUAAGUGGAGUAUGUAGAUUCGGCGGCGUAGUAUCAGCGGUAAAGCCAAGGACCGGUCGUAGUAAACGGCGGUCGACGGUCUCCCCGCCCGUAGUGGAAGACCUGCCGGAGCCACCCAGGAGAGGCCUGGGAGCCAUCCUCGUGUUAGCUUGCGUACUUGUUUAUCACAAUUGCCUUUAUUGUGGGUUUGUUUUCGAUGAUAUAAGUGCCAUUAAAGAGAACAGAGACUUGAGACCACAGACACCAAUAUCGAAUAUAUUCCUCAACGACUUCUGGGGAACACCUAUUCAUAAGGAACAAUCUCACAAAUCCUACCGUCCUCUGACGGUGCUGACCUUCAGAUGGAACUACGCGAUCCACGGGUUGCAGCCGGCUGGCUACCACCUCGUCAACCUGCUGCUACAUGCAUUGGUGUCUCUACUAUAUUACAGAGUUUGCGCGAUGUUCCUGCCAGAAUUCGCAAGUUUCGUGGCAGCCAUCUUGUUCGCAGUGCACCCUAUACACACGGAAGCGGUGACGGGUGUGGUAGGGCGAGCUGAAAUGUUGUCGUCGGUGUUUUUCUUAGGCGCGCUCCUGUGCUAUGCGCGGGCUGCCAGCAGACGACGGUAUACAGAUUGGCGGUACGUAGCAGCUUGCACGGUGUGCGUGGGAGUCGCGAUGCUGUGCAAGGAGCAAGGCAUCACUGUUACUGCAGUGUGCGUUGUAUAUGAACUGUUUGUGGCCCAAAAGCGGAGAUUAACUCCCGGUCGUUCCUGGCUGGAAAUCUGGGGUAAGGGCGGGUGGGGCUGUGCGUGCGGCGAAGCGGCGCGCAGGGUCACCACCGUGUGUUGUGCAACCCUGGCCUUACUCGCUGCCAGACUGCACGUGAUGGGCGCUCAACUACCCGUGUUUACGAGGUUUGACAACCCUGCUGGGGCAGCGCCUCCGCCGGCUAGACAUCUAACCUUCGCCUACUUACCAGCUCUAAAUGCCUGGCUACUAACAUUACCAGAAGCUCUUUGCUGCGACUGGACCAUGGGCACAGUUGCUCUGUUACGGUCCUGGCGAGAUCCGAGGAACUUGGCCACUUUAGCACUGGCCACCUCACUGGUAGCGGGAGCUAUACAUGCGCUGAGGACGAGAUCAUCUGCGCUGUCUAUGGGUCUAGCCUUACUCGUCCUACCGUUCUUGCCAGCAUCCAACCUAUUCUUCCCAGUAGGUUUCGUAGUAGCAGAGAGAGUAUUAUACAUGCCUUCAAUGGGCUGGUGCCUGCUCGUGGCACAUGGAUGGAGGCUUCUAGCCAAGAAGAGAGCCAAGCUUGCUGCAUCUACUCUUAUAUUCCUGCUGCUAGCUUUCAGUGCCAAAACUUAUGUCAGGAAUUGGGAUUGGAAGACUGAAUACUCGAUUUUUGCGUCGGGUCUUAAGGUAAACCGUAACAACGCAAAACUUUACAACAACGUGGGCCACGCGCUCGAAGCGGACGGUCGCUACGGAGAAGCAUUAGAAUUCUUCAAAACAGCCGUCAACGUCCAACCUGAUGACGUCGGAGCUCACAUCAAUGUGGGCAGAACAUUCAAUCAUCUAGGAAGAUACCAAGAAGCGGAAGACGCUUACGUUCAAGCCAAAUCCCUCCUCCCAAAAGCGAAGCCAGGAGAAUCCUACCAAGCCAGAAUAGCUCCAAACCAUUUGAACGUAUUCCUGAACUUGGCGAAUUUAAUAUCCAAAAAUGCCACAAGACUGGAAGAAGCGGAUAUGUUAUAUAGACAAGCGAUCAGCAUGCGGGCUGAUUACACCCAGGCCUACAUAAAUAGAGGGGAUAUUUUAAUUAAGUUGAAUAGGACUAAGGAGGCGCAGGAAGUAUACGAGAGAGCUUUAUUGUAUGAUAGCGGGAACCCGGAUAUUUAUUAUAAUUUGGGCGUAGUGCUCUUAGAGCAAGGCAAGGCAUCCCAAGCCCUAGCGUACCUAGACAAAGCCCUGGAACUGGAACCAGAACAUGAGCAAGCGUUACUGAACUCUGCGAUACUUCUGCAAGAAUUGGGAGCCGCUGACCUGCGGCACUUGGCCAGGCAGAGACUAUUGAAACUACUUGAUAAGGAUGCAACAAACGAGCGCGUCCACUUCAACCUCGGCAUGGUGUGUAUGGACGAAGGUGACGCGGAGUGUGCGGAAAGAUGGUUCCGAGCUGCUGUACAUCUCAAACCAGACUUCCGAUCUGCGCUAUUCAACCUGGCUUUACUACUGGCUGAUAGACGCAGGCCUUUAGAAGCUGCACCUUUCUUGAAGCAAUUGGUCCGACACCACCCGGACCAUGUCAAGGCUUUAGUUCUACUGGGAGACAUUUAUAUUAACUCGGUGAAAGACCUCGAUGCAGCCGAAAGUUGCUACCGCCGAAUCCUCGAGCUAGAAGCGGACAACGUGCAAGCGCUCCACAAUCUGUGCGUAGUUGCCGUAGAGCGCGGCAAGCUCGCCGUAGCCGAAGAGUGUCUCACCCGAGCCGCAGCGCUCGCCCCGCACGAGCACUACAUACAGCGCCAUCUCGCGGUCGUGCGCGCCAGGCGAGCAGCCGUCUCGCUCCCACACGCCAAACCCGCCGCACCCCCCGCCGAAGUCAAAGCGAGAUGGAACUACAUCCCCCAACAACCCCCCGACCCCCACGAGACCGACCCCUCAUAGCGACAUCGCAACUAACAUUGAUAUUCGAAACGCUGACUUUCUUUUGCCAUUUACGUUUGUAUAGAACGCGGUUUCUAGUUUCUAAUGUCAAUGUUCGUGCCGAUGUCUGAUUUGCAUUUCAUCAGGGUAUACGCAUUGAUUUUCUGAGCUACGCGUUUUUAUAUUACUGUGUUGUUCCGAAAUGACCAUUGAGAACCGGCGUCAAUAAAUUAUUCGAGUUGCGAAAGAGAUAGCGAUAGAACUUUAUCGAUUACUUAUUCGCUCAUGGCGUACGAGCGGCCAUCUUGUUAUUUUUUAUUGAUGCUGGCGAUAUUUAAAAAAAUAAAAAUGGAACAUUGUUUUGAUCUCUAACGUUCCAUAAUUUGCAUUUAAUGAUAUUUUUCUGCAUUUAGAUUUUGUAUAGUAUCGUAUAUUAUGUAGAUAUUGAAAGGAGCUUUCUUCGUUAGCCUGUAUAAGUGUAUACGGUACGAUGUAUAUAACAUGGAAAAUGUAAUCAUAUUAUAAUGUAUUUUGUCUAGUCACCAACUUUAUUUGGCCAUUUAUACUCAAAAUUUACUUUAAAUAUUAUGGUGAUAGUUUAUAGCUUCGUUAGUUUCUAGAUACCUCAAGGUAAAUAUUAAAAAUUGUCUAUUUU